AUGCCUGGCGCAAGAGUCAAUCUGGACGUCACUCAGCACACGAUACACAUUUGUCGCUGGGUGCAAGAUGGCCUUGGACGCGCACAUGAAACGUUGACGCCGUUACUAUCGAGAAAGCAGGCGUUUGCAUGCAUAGCCUGGUUUGAGACCGGAAGCAUUGACGGUUCACCGGCCGAUUUCGACCAGGCAAUGGCGCUUUCCAAUGGCAAUUCCUUGUUCGUUGCUGCUGAAUUGCUCUGCGAUCCUUCUGAUAAUUGCGCCCAAUCUCCGGUGGCUCGAGUGGACGGAAAUAUUGGAAAAGGAGGCUUUGCCAUUCUGGUUCCACCACCAGACCCGCUCUCAAAGAACAUCAGCCAUGAAUCUUUCGACGUUGUGAACCACGCUCCGUACGAUGGCAACUUCCAGGACAGCUUCGAACACACAUGA